UCGUAAAAGAUAAAAAAAGAAGAAAAUCUUAACCUAACUUGUUAACUUGACGUUUAAAUUAUAGGUUACAAGUUUACUUUGAACGGGAAUUCCAUUAAACUGAUGUAAUUUACCCAUUGAUACCAGAUCAAUGAAUUUACCCCUUAAUUUUGAAUUUAAAUACUCCUAUACAGUAUUAUUUAGGUAAAACAUUUACGAAUCAAGGUCUCGAUUACCAAGUAUUUUCAGAUUACUAUAAAAAUGUCUGGAGAAAUUGUAAAUAAUGUAGAAGCCCUGUCCAUUAAUGUAAAAAAUGAAGAUGAUGAUAUAGUAGAUCCAUGGACAGUUGCUAGUAAAUCGGAGACAGGAGUUGAUUAUGAUAAAUUAAUUAAAAAAUUUGGUAGCUCAAAAAUAGACCAAGAACUUCUAGACCGCUUUGAAAAAGUAACAGGAAAGAAGGUACACCAUUUAUUAAGAAGAGGUAUCUUUUUUUCACAUCGCGACAUGCAUACCAUUUUGACAAAUUAUGAAUCAGGGAAACCUUUCUACCUUUACACAGGACGAGGCCCAUCUUCCUCAUCCAUGCAUUUAGGGCAUCUGAUUCCAUUUCAACUCUGUAAAUGGUUACAAGAUGUAUUCAAUGUUCCUUUAGUCAUUCAGAUGACUGAUGAUGAGAAAACUCUGUGGAAAGAUAUUUCUUUAGAGGAGGCUCAUAGGAUGGCUUAUGAAAAUGCCAAAGAUAUUAUUGCAAUUGGAUUUGAUAUGGAAAAGACCUUUAUAUUUUCUGAUUUGGACUAUAUAGGUCAAUGUUCUGAAUUCUAUAUGAACAUGAUCCGUAUCCAAAAAUGUGUAACCUUCAAUCAAGUCAAAGGUAUAUUUGGAUUUGAUGACAGCACAGUUAUAGGAAAAAUUGCAUUUCCAGCCGUCCAAGCUACUCCAGCACUUUCAACUUCAUUCCCGCACAUUUUUAACAACAAGAAAAUUCCGUGUUUGAUUCCUUGUGCGAUAGAUCAAGAUCCUUACUUUAGAAUGACUCGAGAUGUUUGUCCAAGAUUAGGUUUUUCAAAACCAGCUUUGCUGCAUUCUAAGUUUUUCCCUGCCUUACAAGGUGCCCAAACUAAAAUGUCUGCUUCUGAAGCAAACAGCACAAUCUUUUGCAAUGACACUCCUAAGCAAUUGAAGAACAAAAUUAACAAACAUGCAUUUUCUGGAGGACAAGCCACGGUUGAGGACCACAGAAGGAUUGGUGGAAAUGCAGAAAUAGACAUUGCAUAUCAGUAUUUAAGGUUUUUCCUGGAAGAUGAUGAAAAGUUAGAACAAAUCAAAAAGGAUUAUACAAGUGGUGCUUUAUUAACAGGAGAAUUGAAGAAGAUACUUAUUGAUAUAUUGACACCAAUAAUUGUAGAUCAUCAAAAAAGGAGAUCAGAAAUAUCGGAUGAAGUUUUAAAAAAGUUUAUGACACCUAGAAAAUUAAAUUUUGAUUAAUUGCAUUGUAUUAUAUUUAUUUUGUAAUUUAUUUUCUAUCAAAUAUGUUCUUUUUUUACCAUAUUUUUAAGUAGAAAGCUGUUAUUGAAUAAAGGAGUAUGUUCGAAUUGUUUUAAAAA